AUGAACUCUAAUCGAGUAAAGGUAAACAAUGGAUCUAUCAACGCGACCUGGCGCUCGCCUGUCGACGCGAAGCGUGGCGGCUCGGCGUCUGGCAGCGCAGUCAUAUUAGAUCCUCGAAUGAUCUGCAAGAAGAAUCGGCGGACGCGCGGCAGACUGGCCCAAAUCUGCAGAAACGAGACGGGGCUGCUGAAGGAGAUCACGAAGGGCGUGACCUUGGGAGCCACGGAGUGUGCUCAUCAGUUUAGAAACAGGCGGUGGAACUGCACCACACAGAGGCGGAGUAUGAGGAAGAUACUCAUGAGGGACACAAGGGAGACGGGAUUCGUGAAUGCGAUCACGGCCGCUGGCGUCACGUACUCCAUUACCAGAGCGUGCACGGCAGGAUCUCUGCUAGAAUGUUCUUGUGAAAAGGGAGCACCAAAACCACGUCGUGGACGCGAAUCAGUAACGCUCCCCCCUUCCCAAGUGCCAACAGAGAGGUGGCAAUGGGGGGGAUGCAGCGACAAUGUACGCUUCGGGCUCAAGAAGUCCAGAGAAUUCAUGGAUAGCCGUUAUAGAAAACGAAGUGAUAUCAAAACACUCAUCAAACUGCAUAACCAUAAUGCUGGGAGGUUGGCUGUCAAGAACAAUAUGAAAAUGGAAUGUAAAUGUCACGGACUGUCCGGCUCGUGCACGCUAAGGACAUGCUGGUGGAGAAUGCCGACUUUCAGAGAAGUCGGGGACAGAUUGCGAGACCGAUUCGAAGGUGCUGCUAAGGUGAUUGCCAGCAAUGAUGGUGACAGUUUCAUGCCAGAAAGUCCAAGUAUCAAGAAACCUGGCAAGAAAGACAUCAUCUACUCUGAAGAGUCCCCAGAUUUCUGCUCAGCUAACCUAAAAACUGGUUCUUUAGGCACCAUAGGACGUCAGUGUAAUAUUAGCUCGGCUGGAACCGAUAGUUGUGAUCAAUUAUGCUGCAGGAGAGGUUACAAAGAAAUAUCUGUCAGAGACACUGAAAACUGCAACUGCCAAUUCAAAUGGUGUUGCGAAGUAAUAUGUGAAACAUGCUACGUUAAAAGAAAUAUACAAACAUGCUUAUAAUGUGAUAGAAGAUACAAUAAAUUUGUUUAAUAAGAAAAUCUCAA